CUACCCGGUGAGGGUUCCUUUUUUUUUUUUUUUUUUUUUUUUUUUUUUUUUUUUUUACUACUACAGAGAUGGCUGCGAAAGUGUGCAGAUCGGUCCUCCUGUUGUCCCGGAGCAGCGGAGCGGCGGCCGGCAGCCUCCCUGUACUUGUCUCGCCUUCACAGCGGCACCAGCGGCAUAUAAGAGCGGAGGUGCUGCCUGCUAUUUUCACCCGUCACACUGUCAGGAGAGCUCAUGGCCUUCGGUCAGCAGCCCACCCCACGCUCUUCACCCAGACUCCCACUGCCCUGUCUCCACGGGUCUGGAAGGGCGCCCCCUCAUGGCAUGGCCAGAGACUGUUUUGCUCCUCCACUACCCCAGAAGACGUGACAGUGGUGUACCAGAACGGUCUACCUGUGAUAUCGGUUAAUUUGCCGUCCAGACGAGAGCGCUGUCAGUUCACCCUAAAGCCUCUCAGUGACUGCGUGGGAGUUUUCCUGCAGCAGCUCCAGGCGGAGGACCGAGGCAUCGACCGUGUGGCCAUCUACUCCAUGG